AUGCGAGCAAGAGCGACCUUCAAGGCCAUCCCUUUCUCCUUUCAUACAUCUCCCAAAGUUCAAUGUCUCCUCUUGUUUCCUCCUCCUCUUCGUCUUACUUCUGCUGCUUCGGCUUCGCCGUUUUCUUCUUCCUCACAAUGGUUCGGAUUUCUUCGGGAUGCAAUCUCCACGUCGGACUUGACCCUCGGAAAAUGUACGCACGCACGUAUCCUAUCCUCCGAGGAAAUCCCAGAACGAUUCCUGGUCAACAAUCUCAUUUCCAUGUACUCCAAGUGUGGAUCACUCACUUACGCCCGCCGAGUGUUCGACCUAAUGCCUGAAAGAGAUCUUGUUUCCUGGAACUCAGUUUUAGCUGCCUAUGCCCAGUUUUCCGAAUCUGCUUCUGUCGAGAACAUUGAAGAAGCUUUUCUUCUUUUCCGGACUUUACGCCAGAACGUUGUGUAUACCAGUCGAAUGACUCUGGCUCCAAUGUUGAAACUGUGUUUGAACUCUGGUUAUGUGUGGGCUUCAGAGUCAUUUCAUGGGUAUGCUUGCAAGAUUGGUUUGGACGGAGAUGAAUUUGUUGCCGGAGCUCUCGUUAAUAUCUAUUUGAAGUUUGGUCAGGUUAAGCAAGGUAAAGUUUUGUUCGAGGAGAUGCCUUAUAGAGAUGUGGUGUUAUGGAACUUGAUGUUGAAGGCCUAUCUGGAUAUGGGUUUUAAGGAAGAAGCCAUAGGUCUCUCUUCUGAAUUUCAUAGAAGUGGCUUACAUCCCAAUGAAAUCACUUCCCGUUUACUCGCUAGAAUUUCUGGUGAUGAUUCUGAAGCAGGACAAGUCAAAUCCUUUGCACAUGGUGAUGAUGCUUCUGGUGUUUCAGAGAUAAUAUCCAAUAACAAAAGAUUGAGUGAAUAUCUCCAUGCAGGCCAAUAUUCAGCUCUUCUCAAAUGUUUUGGGGAUAUGGUUGAGUCCGACUUGCUUUUACGUUACGGCCUUACACCAGACCAGUAUACUAUGACGAGUAUUCUAAAGGCUGCUUCCUCUCUGCCUGAAGGCUUGUCGUUGAACAAACAAGUUCAUGUUCAUGCAAUUAAAAUCAACAAUGUUGCUGACAGUUUUGUCUCUACUGCUCUGAUUGAUGCCUACUCUCGGAACAGAUGUAUGACUGAGGCAGAGGUUUUGUUUGAGAGGAGUAAGUUUGAUCUUGUCGCUUGGAAUGCCAUGAUGUCUGGUUACACCCAAAGUCAUGACGGUCAUAAGACUCUGAAGCUCUUUGCUUUGAUGCAUAAACAGGGAGAGAGAUCUGAUGAUUUUACGCUCGCAACAGUGAUUAAGACAUGUGGUUCCUUGUUUGCAAUAAAUCAAGGAAGACAAGUCCAUGCCUAUGCAAUCAAAUCUGGAUAUCACUUAGAUCUAUGGGUCAGCAGUGGGCUUUUGGAUAUGUAUGUAAAAUGUGGUGAUAUGAGUGCAUCACAGCUUGCUUUCAAUACUAUUCCUGUGCCUGACGAUGUUGCUUGGACGACUAUGAUAUCAGGAUGUAUAGAAAAUGGAGAAGUAGAGCGAGCUUUUCAUGUUUAUAGCCAGAUGAGGUUCAUAGGAGUGUUGCCUGAUGAAUUUACAAUAGCCACACUUGCUAAAGCAAGCUCUUGUUUGACGGCAUUAGAACAGGGGCGCCAAAUUCAUGCAAAUGCCCUCAAGUUGAAUUGCACUGGUGACCCGUUUGUUGGAACUUCGCUUGUGGACAUGUAUGCUAAGUGCGGAAGCAUAGACGAUGCAUAUUCUUUGUUUAAAAGAAUAGAGAUGAGGAACAUUGCUGCCUGGAAUGCCAUGUUAUUGGGAUUAGCUCAACAUGGGGAAGGGAAAGAAGUUCUCCAGCUUUUCAAACAGAUGAAAUCUCUGGGUAUAAAUCCUGAUAAGGUCACAUUUAUCGGCGUUCUGUCUGCUUGCAGUCACUCAGGUUUGGUAUCAGAGGCAUAUAAGCAUAUUGGAUCAAUGCAUCGUGACUAUGGCAUUAAACCUGAAAUAGAACACUACUCUUGUUUGGCUGAUGCACUUGGCCGUGCUGGAUUUCUCAAAGAGGCUGAAAAUUUGAUCGAGUCAAUGUCCAUGGAAGCUUCAGCAUCGAUGUACAGAACUCUGCUUGCAGCUUGCCGAGUUAAAGGUGACACAGAAACAGGGAAGAGAGUGGCAUCUAAGCUUUUGGAGCUAGACCCUUUGGACUCAUCGGCUUAUGUGCUUUUAUCCAACAUGUAUGCUGCUGCUUCCAAAUGGGAUGAGAUGAAACUUGCCAGGAGGAUGAUGAAAGGGCAGAAAGUGAAGAAGGACCCUGGUAUCAGUUGGAUAGAGGUGAAAAAGAAGAUCCAUGUAUUUGUCGUGGAUGAUAGGACAAACCCGCAAACGGAGCUGAUAUACAGGAAAGUAAAAGAUGUGAUAAGAGACAUCAAACAAGAAGGGUAUGUUCCUGAGACAGAUUUCACACUUGUAGAUGUAGAAGAGGAGGAGAAAGAGCGUGCGCUAUACUACCACAGCGAAAAGCUGGCGGUUGCGUUUGGACUUAUGAGCACUCCUCCAUCCACACCAAUCCGAGUGAUUAAGAAUCUUCGCAUUUGUGGAGAUUGUCACAACGCGAUGAAAUAUAUAGCAAAGGUGUAUGAUAGAGAGAUUGUGCUUAGAGAUGCAAACCGGUUUCACCGGUUCAAGAAUGGUAUUUGCUCAUGUGGUGAUUAUUGGUAACUAGAAUUUGGAAAGUAAAGCUUCAUUUCAACAAAGCAUUGAUAGUUUUUCCUUAGA